AUGUCGAGUUCGGGUGGAUUUUCCAUUGAUCAACUUAUGGAAUUAGCCGGGCUUAGUGUUGCUCAGGCAGUUGAAAAGGCAUUCGAUAGCUCAAAGCAUCCCAAUGUUCUAGUCUGUGUUGGCCCUGGAAAUAAUGGCGGCGACGGAUUAGUAGCGGCGAGACAUCUAUUCCAUUUUGGCUUCAAGCCCAGUCUUUACUAUCCCAAGCAGCCUGAAAGGGAUCUCUACCAACGUAUUCUUCUUCAAUGCCGCAACCUCGACAUCCCCGUGUACAAGGAGCUCAGUCAAACAUCAGGCAAUCUUGUCGAUCAAUCACACAUCAUUUUGGAUGCAUUGUUUGGGUUUAGCUUUCACGGCCAAGUACGUGAUCCUUACAAAGAGAUUAUUGACAUUUUUGAGAAGACGACAAAACCCAUUGUAUCUGUCGACAUCCCCUCUGGCUGGGAUGUUGAGCAUGGCCCUACUGAGCAUGUCAAGUUCCAGCCUGACGUCCUGGUCUCUUUGACAGCACCCAAACAAUGCUUAUCUCAUUUUACAGGCAAAAGACACUUUUUAGGUGGUCGAUUCGUUCCUCCCGCAUUAGCCAAGAAGUUUGACUUUGAUGUGCCCGCUUAUCCUGGAUCAGAGCAAGUUGUUGAAUUGUAG